UUUUCCAUGUGGACAUUGUCACUGCAUUACUCAUUUAUAGUUUCCAUUUCUUCAUUCUGCGGCACGUAUUGCCACUUUCUAUACGUUUCUUACGGUGCGUUGACUUCGUUUUACAAUAAUUCACAUAACAAUUGUUAUUAGUGUAGAAAAAAAUGAGGCUAUACAUUAUUUUGAUGGUUUUCUUUUUGGCUGCAUAUACCCGAAGUGAUGUCCCAGGAGAAUACAUCAUAAACGAAGCAGAUGGAUAUGGAUAUAAGUUAAUGUACAAAGCUGAACCCUGGGCUCGUGCUAGGGAUAAAUGUGUUGAAACUGGUGCUAAGUUAGCGGUACCCAAAUCAGAGGCGCAGUUUACGUUUAUUCAGAAGAUUGUACGAUCUAUGAAAUAUCCGAACAUAAUUGGUAGCAAAUAUAAAUUACUUGUAUGGCUAGGCGUAUACAACGUCGUUAACUCGACGACAUGGACAAACAUCGAUGAUGAAAACAUAGAGGAUACAGGAUUUCAUACUUGGGCCGGAGACAAUGGAAUGAUAAUCAGGUUAAUGUACCAAUCAGUCCACGUCAGUUCUAAUCCAGCAGAGCCGCAUUGUGUGGGUAUUGACGCGGCAAACUUUGGUCUCAGGUCCUACUGGUGUCAUCUUCACCAGCCAUAUAUUUGCGAAAUUAACAUUAAAACUCAUUCUACAAAUCAAUAAAUAAGUACUUAC